CCAAAAAGUUCAAUUUUGGUCUCGUCACUCCAAAUUACCUUGUUCCAGAAGUUUUGAGGCUUGUCUCUGUGCUGUUUGGCGUAUUGUAGGCGAGAUACUUUGUGGCAUUUGCUUGGUUUUAACAGAGCCCCUGAUUUUCCAUUUGUUAAUCACAGUUUGAACACUGCUGACUGGCAUUAUCAAUUCCUUGGAUAUCUUUUUGUAUCCCUUUCCUGUUUUAUACAGUUCAAGUACCUUUUCCCGUAGAUCCGUUGGCAAUUCUUUUGCUUUCCCCAUGACUCAGAAUCCAGAAACGUCAGUGGCUGGAUGAAAGAUGCAAGAGUCUGUCUGGAUCCCAGAAACUCACUCAGCUUUUAUGCACACACACUGAUUACAAGCAAACAGAUCACAGGCUGAGUGUGGCGAGGGAGAGCCAUGCCACUGUUGAAGAGGAACAUCGAGCCCCGGCACCUGUGCCGUGGUUCGCUGCCCGAGGGCAUCGGUAGUGAGCUAGAGUGUGUCAUGAACAACACACUCUCUGCCAUCAUCCGCCAGCUCAGCAGUCUCAGUAAGCAUGCGGAGGACAUAUUUGGCGAGCUGUUCCAUGAAGCCAACGCAUUUUAUCUGCGAGCGAACUCCCUGCAGGAUCGCAUCGAUCGGCUCGCCGUCAAGGUCACUCAGCUGGACUCGACCGUAGAGGAGGUCUCUCUGCAGGAUAUUAACAUGAGGAAGGCCUUUAAGAGCUCGACAGUACAGGACCAGCAGGUGGUGUCCAAGAGCAGCGUCCCAGUCCCUGUGAAAGAGAUGCACGAGCUGAGUGACCCGCCUCCGCCCCUCAACAUCCUCACGCCCUACAGGGACGAUAAUAAGGAAGGGCUGAAAUUUUACACUGACCCGUCGUACUUCUUUGACCUGUGGAAGGAGAAAAUGCUGCAGGACACGGAAGACAAGAGGAAAGAGAAACGCCGGCAGAAGGAGCAGAAGCGCUGUGUGGAUGGGACGCUGCAGAGAGAGGUGAAGAAGGUGCGAAAGGCUCGUAACCGGCGUCAGGAGUGGAACAUGAUGGCCUUUGAUAAGGAACUGAGGCCCGACCUACGGCACGGGCACACGGUGCACAGAGGAGGAUCGUCUGAGAGCUCCAUGUCUCCAGAAAACAGGUCUCGCGGCCUAGACCACCUGGACCACAGCUAUCUGACCAACCAUGCAGGCCACGCCCACACAUACUCUGGCCCUCCCCCAAGCAUGGCGGCUCUCUCAGCUCACACCCACAUGGGCAUAGAGCCGGACUACAGGACAGGGUCUGCAGCGUACCGCUCGGGCACACUGGGCCGUCCACACCAGGCCCCGCCCCCUCCUCCACUCACAGAAUGCAUGAACGGCUCCAUGCCCCUCCCACCAAUGGAAUACAGUAUGGAUUACAUGAACUCAGCCCCGCCCCCUCCACCCACAGCUCCUCUCAUUCCAUCAUCCCAAACUGCCUUUGCUAUGUCCCCCAUGGGCUCACCUCCAGGCCCACCCACUGUAAGCACAGGUUAUGUCCUGCCUGCUUCACCUGCCUCUGGACCCUCAGCUGCUCCUCCUCCACCAGGGCCACCACCUCCACCACCCAACACCACCCAACCCAUCACACCCAAACGGCCAGCUGUGCCCGCUGAAGCCCUGCCCACGAACGAUGCCCGCAGUGACCUGCUCGCAGCCAUACGCAUGGGUAUCCAGCUGAAGAAGGUGCAGGAGCAGCAGGAGCAGCAGGCAAAGCGGGAGCCGGUGGGGAACGACGUGGCCACCAUUCUGUCCCGCCGCAUCGCCGUGGAGUACAGCGACUCAGAGGAUGACUCUGAGUUAGAGGAUAACGACUGGUCUGACUAAAAACACACACUCACACUUGCUUUUACCGUAACACUGCAGUAUCUACAGUCCAGAGAUGUGCAGAAGCGCUCAAAAGUUUGGACUUGAUUGAACGUGUUCAUGAUCAGUUUGAUCAAAAGGCUUAUUCUUGAAAGUUGUUUCUAAGACUCGGUGUGAAAAGGAAUUUUAUUUCGCAGGAAAAGCAGUCGAGUGAUUUCAAAAUGUAACGACAUGACUGACUGCUCAAGAAGCUGAAUGCCUGAGUGGUUUUGUGCCUUCGUAUUGAUCACGAGUUGUAUGAAAAAUAACGCAGGGUGACGGUAGAGUUGGAGUUGAAGUGAGUCCACGUCACCCUUGGUCUUUUGAAUUAGUUUUCCAUGAGCUCAGGGGCAGGUUUCCCGAUAACGUUGCCCUUUAGGGAUAAAGAGAGAGUUGAGAGACGCUCUUCCGCAACGAACGUUAUCUUUGUACAUGGUUUUCCCAAACUCACUCGUCAGCAGGAGUCAUAAUAGCAACAUUACGAAAAGCUUCUUUGCAGCACGCGUCCCCAAUAUAGGCAUCAGUAGUGGCUAAAUCCAGUCGAUGAGGUCACAUGGUGUUCGUUUUUUACCAGAAAAAACAAUGAAGUGUUUAAAAUAUGUUAAAAGAUUGUAUUGU